AUGCGUCAGGAGGUGGCGAGGAGGCUCCAGCUGCUGCUCGUCCUCUGGUCGGUGCUCCUGCUCACUUUGGGCUCGGGCUUCCCCACCAGGCACAAGAGUGUCGCCCACAAGGGUCACGGACACCCUGUUCAUAACGCUGGGGUCCAGUAUGUCCCUGAGACUUUGGAGCAGCAGAACCAGGUGCAGAGUCUGCUGCCCGAGCCACACACUCACCAGAGGAGGUGGUCGCACCCGCAGCACCGCUCCGUAGGGGUUCUCCCACAGCCCGAGCCUGAGGAGGAGACCAAACCCUUCAUCCUAGAUCUCCAGAACUUUCCAGACCUGGCCAACGCUGACAUCAACUCACAGAACCCCAACAUACAGGUGACCAUUGAGGUUGUGGACGACACUCAGAUGGAGGUAGAGAUGGAACUGGCCAAGGAAAAAGAAUGGCUGCCCUCGUCUUCCUCCUCCCCUUCUUCCACAGUAGAUUGGCUUGGCGGCAAGAAGCUUUUCUGGCCUCUUUUCUGGAGUUACACUGAUUCUGGCGAGGACAGCAGCAACCGGUCGGGCAUGGAGGAAACUGGCGAGGAAGAGGAGGAGGAAGACUAUUCGCUGGAUUAUGGCAGUGAGGAACCCUUACCCAGUGGAGUGGGCGGAGACUGGGACACUCAUUGGAAUGAAGGCUGGGAUCCAAUGCAGAGCUACUAUGAAAAGGAGACGGAUGAGUGGACUUCCUGGUCUCCCUGUUCGGUGACGUGUGGACACGGUGAGAGGAAGAGGACGAAGUCUUGUGGCUACUCCUGCACUCUGACAGAAGCCUCCAGGUGUGACCAGGAGCCCUGCCCCGGUGAUGUCAACACUGUGGCAGAACCUUUUCCUUUCGAGAUGGAGAAUGGCACUGAGCCAUUCGGAACAGAUGUGGACAGCUGUGAGAAGUGGCUCAACUGUAAGAGUGACUUCCUGCAGAGGUACCUCCACCAGGUGCUGUCCGAGCUGCCCAGCUGCCCCUGCUCCUACCCCGCUGAAGUGGGAUACACCGUCGUCAGUGUCUAUGACGAGACUCAUGGCCGGCAGUUCCGCUGGCGUGAUGCCAGUAGCCCGAAGGAGCGCCUGGACAUCUACAAGCCGUCGGCGCGCAGCUGCAUCCGCUCAGCGCUCUCUGGCGACUUGUCUACUCUCGCAGCGCAGCACUGUUGUUAUGACGAACGCGGGCGCUUGAUCACGCGGGGCAAAGGCGCAGGCACGCCGAACCUGAUCAGCACCGAGUUCUCACCCGAGCUACACUUCAAAGUGGACGUGCUGCCUUGGAUCCUGUGCAAGGGAGACUGGAGUCGCUUCCAUGCGGUGCGUCCACCCAACAAUGGGCUGAGCUGCCCGGCAAACCCCCAUGAAGACGUGUUCAUGAACGAACUAGAAGAGGCCAGGGAGUACUGA